GUUCACAACAAACAAUACACAUUCGACAUUUUCGGAAAGAUGUCUGGCACGAUUUUGCAUGUCCGCGCGGAGACGAAGCCGCUGGAGCAUCGCUCCGCAGUCACGCCAACCAUUGCCAAGAAGCUCGUUGAAGCUGGUUACACUGUCAAUGUCGAGCGCUCUCCCUUGAGCAUUUUUCCCGACGAGGAAUAUGAGGGCACUGGCGCCAAACUCGUACCUACUGGCUCCUGGAUGGAGGCGCCCCAGGAGCAUAUUAUCAUUGGGUUGAAGGAGCUGCCGGAAGAGGACUUUCCUUUGAAGCAUACGCACGUUCAAUUCGCCCACUGCUACAAGGGACAAGGUGGAUGGGACAAGGUGCUCAGCAGAUUCCCAAAGGGCAAGGGAACAUUGCUUGAUCUAGAGUUCCUGGAGGAUGAGAAUGGAAGACGGGUUGCGGCCUUUGGCUACCAUGCUGGAUUCGCUGGCGCAGCUCUCGCUCUCAUGACGUGGGCACACCAACUCGUGCAUGGCAAAGACUCACCUCUACCAGGUGUCACUCCAUACGAGAACGAAGGCCUUCUCAUCGCCGACGUGAAGAAGCACAUUGAAGCUGGCAAAGCCAAGGCUGGUCGUCUGCCGCGAGUGCUCGUUAUUGGCGCACUCGGCCGCUGUGGACGUGGUGCAGUCGACCUCGCCGUCAAAGCCGGUGUCGAAGAUAUCAUCAAGUGGGAUAUCGACGAGACCAAGGCAAAGCCAGGACCAUACCAGGAGAUCAUUGAGUCCGAUGUGUUUGUCAACUGCAUAUACCUGUCGGCCAAGAUCCCACCUUUCAUUGACCAGGCGUCACUCGCUUCGCCGAACCGCAAGCUGAGUGUCGUCUGCGAUGUGUCUUGCGAUACUACCAACCCUAACAACCCCAUCCCGAUCUACGACAUCAACACGACCUUCGAUCAACCCACAGUACCGGUCAAGCUGUCCGCCGAGGCGAAUGACUUCCCGCUCAGCGUGAUCAGCAUCGACCAUCUUCCGUCGCUGCUGCCACGCGAAGCUUCGGAGUCUUUCAGCUCAGCUCUCCUACCCAGCUUGCUUGAAUUGAAGGACUGGCAGAACGCGCGCGUCUGGAAGCAAGCCAAUCAGCUGUACAUGGACAAGGUUGCAACAUUACCGGAAGGCGCCAUCUAGAGCAUAGAUUGGUGGUAGAAAGAUAUCCUGCUCCUCUCGCUGCGUCCGUAGGUAUGAUAUGGCUGUGCUACAUUCUCGAAGACGUGAGGGCGUCGGUGACAGCAUAAACGACCCGGAGUUUUGCGUCAGUAGUGUGUGCAAUGCUACUGUGAAAAAGAUUGGCAAGCUAUAGAUAGUCAUGGCUCACACAGCUCAUAGGUAUAGCACCAACGAGCUCGUUCAUGCGUCACAAGAAUUCGCCAUGUCUCACUCCGCCAUCCCUAUUUCCUCGGCGGCCGCAUUAGAUCGGUAGACAACCGCUAGCUUGUCCCACGCACGUAGCUAAUCGCCGCAGCAUGGAGUGAUGAUAGCAGUGUCAACUCCGUCACGCCACCCGUUACUGGUGCAACAGAGGCAGCGGAUGCACGAAAAUAUGCAGAGAACAAUUCUUUCCAAUCACAGAGCGCACCUUCUGCAGAUAAAAUCGUACGCGACAACUUCACAUUCUGCAUAUCGCAAAGCCUCGGAUUCCCCAUUCGUAGUUGCACCAUCCAUUUCGUUUCGGGAUCCACUCCUUCCUCUGCGAUGCGUUUCCACUUCUCCAACGCUCGUCCAUGAUACGGCUCGGGGUGGAUUUCGAACUUGUCAAAGAGGGCGUACUGCGGCCUGGACUGGUCGAGGGCAUUGUAGGACAGAAAUACUCGGGUUCGCACAUCGUACCAACGCGAACCCCC